GGAUAACGGUGGGGAUAGCGGUGAGGAGAGCGGUGGAGAUAGCGGAGGGAGGAGAAGAGGAGGACGGGGGUGAACGAUUGACUGUAGGAAAGAGAGCAGUGGAAGAGGAGAAGAGCUAAAAUCGGAACAGUGGGGGCAGACAUUGGCUGAGAUCUUCUUCUUUCUUGGGGCAGGCCAGGCAGGAUCAGCAUGGAGACAUUAGCAGCAGCCGCCACGUCAGCAUUCUCAGCAGCGAGUCCCUGCUGCGCGCCAGGAAGAGCCAUCAUCUCAGUCGCGACUGCAGAUCGCGUCAGGCUCGGCCCAUCCCUUCCUGUCCCGGCCCGACGGAAGACGUCAUUACUCUCUCUGCGAGCGCGAUCCCGACGUGCAGCAACGCCUUCAAGCAGCCAGAUGCGGUGUUCCUUCUUCGGCCGCCACGUGGCAGCAGCUCCCAGUUUUGGCGGGAAACUCUGCCACCCUGCCACGUCGGCAAAAACAGUCAUUCCCGGACGCGACAGGAAACAGGUUGGCCCGGGACGAUCCGCCGCCGGCGGCGGCGCGCUUUGCUCUACGGCGGGAAUUGGCGAUUUGGCGCCCAUUACGUCGGCAGUUUAUGGCGCGACGAUGGGGGUGGCCGGGACGUUCGCGUUUUUAAAAUUCGGUUCCAAAUAUUCGAUAAUUGCGGGUCUCUCGUCGGGAUCGCUACUUGCCUUGUCCUAUUGGCUGAUGCAGAAUCCCGACUCCCAGUCGCAGGGGGAGGCACUGGCGUUUGGCGUGUCCGUUCUCCUCGCUGCCGUCUUCGGCCUUCGGUACUUCAACACCAAAAAACCGCUACCAGCUCUUCCCCUCUUCGCUGUGAGCACGCUUUGUCCUGGUGUACAGGUUCCUGUACAGACAGUGUUCUCCCAACCUCCGUCACAGGUUGCCGUAAGCGGGCAGCCUGCCGUCUCGCAGCCUGCACAGCCGCAGGGUACACAUCCCCAGCAGCAGCUAGUGCAACAGCCUGGUCCCCAAGGUCCACAGCUUGGAGUGGGACAGGUGUUGGGACAAAGUCAGUGGGUUCCAAAGACGGUCAUCGCUGUUCCUAAACCCUUCACAGGGAAUAAGAGGGGCGAAGACCUCGACACAUGGUUGAGGUCAGUGUCAGUUUACGUCAAGUGUAAACUUACCUUGCCACACGAGGAAGUGCUUGUGGCUGCCUCCUAUUUAGAGGGGAGAGCAACAAGAUGGUUGAGUGGUUUAGUGCAGUUACAGGGAUACGAUCAUGACUUUUGCGCUUGGGCGGUCAACCAAAAACUGGAUGACUUCCUCAAGUUGGUGGAAGACAGGUGGCAUGAUCCUCAGGAGGCCCAAAAGGUCAUUGACGCGAUCCUGACUUUGCACAAAAGGCAGAAGUCAGUAAGAGAGGCCACAAACACAGUGGAGCGUCUGAUCUGUAUCCUUGGGGUGCGUUAUGACCCCCAGGUUCUACUCACCUCCUACCUGAGAUGCUUUCCUAUGCCUCUCAGGAAUCAGUUGGUAGGUGAGGCCAACAUCAAUAUGCACAACUUUCCCUCGUUUAGCAAGAAGGCCCUAGACCUGGAGGCAAAGAUAGGGCAUGGACAGACACCCACGACGGAUGGUAAGAGAAAGUCACUGCCUCCCAACUGGAAGGCGAAGGGGCACAUUAUGUUCGUCGACAACGAUGGUUCUACCAUCGAGUUGGAUGACAACUUCCAUGCGGGAGUGAAUUCAGAGACAGGCAGCGCAGAGGCUUCAGGGGUUGGAGUAGUCGCUACCUCGGUUCAGAAAGGUAAGGCGACCGGUAGACGCCGUGGAGGUUCCCGGUCUAGGAGUCAAGUAGAUCCAAAUGCUCCUCCAUGGGAGAAAGCAGGUCUCAUAAAGGACGUGUGGAGAGACAGGUACUCCAGGCAGGCCUGUAUUCGUUGUGGUCAAUAUGGCCAUAACCAAUUCAAGUGUCGCAACAAGGUGACCGAGAAGAUCCCGCCUACGAUGGGGCAGGCGUUGGGAUCCUCCGCUCCCGUUGGUAGCAAUGUGGCCAGCAGUUUUGGCAGUGCUUCGGGAAACACGUUGGGCCAGUAGGAAUGGAAGUUGUUCCUACUAGGGUCGAGGCGGUGGACACACCCUCACCAUCUCGAGAGAUGGCCCAAGCUACUGACUCCAUCGUCGUCCCUCAAACACAUUCAGACCCAUCGAGCCUUUGUUCGAUGAAUGUGUUUGAAUCCUUAGAGGAGCUAAAAGAGGAGUGGUCUAGAUCAGACCCGCUAGCUUUUUGGACGACAUUGGCAAAACCCCCUAAGGGUGAGAUGUUUCUCAGCGUGGUAGGCAUCAGCGGUUGCAAGGCCGGGGCCUAUUAUGACACUUGCUCGACCCGAAACUUUAUUAGUCACGCGUGCGUUGAGAGGCUGCGCUCACAGGGGCAAGUGCAGCGCCUAAGUCGACCUGUGGAGUCGACCUGUGCCAACAAACAGCGCAUGGUAGU